GCUGACUCCAGUUGACCGAGUCGCCAUUUUGAAAAGCAAACCGUUCACAGCACACCCGCCUUGAGUACUGGAACUAUGCCGCGGGGCCGGCCUCGCAAACUGAGAGUUAAAAGCAACGACGAUACAGAUGCAGAUCCCAGUGACGCGAAGGUGGACAGUUUCAGCGAUGGGGAGCUCAAGGACAAGAAGUGCACGAUAUGCUGUCAGGUCUUCACCACUGAGAGCCAGCAGCAGAAGCAUCUCCGUGAGCAUGAGAGCAAUGAUAAGCCUCAUCGAUGUGACCAGUGCCCACAGACGUUUAAUGUGGAGUUCAACCUUAUACUCCACAAGUCCACACACACAAACUCUGACUUCACCUGCCCUGUUUGUAAUAAAAGGUUCUCCCGCAUCGCCAGCCUCAAGUCCCAUAUUAUGCUACAUGAGAAGGAGGAGAAUUUGAUAUGUGUGGAGUGCGGAGAUGAGUUUGUUCUCCAGAGCCAGCUCUCUCUGCACUUGGAGGAGCAUCGCAAGGAGCUGUCAGGCAUCAAGGUCUACACCUGUAAGACCUGCGAGAAGGAGUUCAAGACGUCCGCACACCUCAAGGAGCACAUGAAGAGUCACAAAAUGAGGCCGCUCACCUCUAGUUCCAGAAACUACAAGAAAUCCAUCGACCGCAGCGGAUUCACCAACGGCUGCCACCACUGCGGAAAGGCUUUCAAAAAGCCCAGCCAGCUUGUGCGACACAUACGAAUACACACAGGUGAGAGGCCCUAUAAGUGCAGCCACUGCGGCAAAGCUUUCAACCAGAAGGUGGUGCUGCAGACUCACAUGGUGAGACACACUGGAGAGAAACCUCACCUCUGCAUGUUCUGCCCUGCAUCCUUCUCCCAGAAAGGAAACCUACACUCCCAUGUUCAGAGAGUUCAUUCUGAGACUAAAGGGGUACCACUGUUCCCAUGCAUGGACUGCAGCUGUGUAUUUAAGAAGCUGGGUAGCCUGAAUGCCCACAUCAGCAAGAUGCACAUCUCCGUGAUUGAGGUGCCCAGUAGCACUCCUGAGGCAGAGGCAACAGGUCAAGGUCCUGUGGGGUCGGAGGGUGGCGAAGGGGUGACAGAUGUCAUACAGCAGCUUUUAGAGUUGUCUGAACAGGUCAGUGGGGAGACAGCUCAGCCCCAGGUUCCUGAACCAACCAUCGCCAUGGAGACUGCCAUCAACCAGGACAUCCUGCAGCAAGCUCUGGAGAAUAGUGGCCUGAGCGUGGUCCAGCCACAGGGUGACACUGCGUCCAGAGAGCUACAGAACCAGAUCACUGAGGGUGCAGCUGUGGAACACAAGAAAGUACAAAAUCCAGACAAACUGGCAAGAGAGAGGAAAAGGAGCAUCAUCAAGAAGCCUAUCCAAAUGCCAGGCUCCAUCAGGGAGGAGAAUGGCGUUCGCUGGCAUGGCUGCCCAUACUGCUCCAAGGAGUUCAAGAAACCCAGCGACCUUGUUCGCCACAUCCGCAUCCACACACACGAGAAGCCUUUCAAGUGCAAACAGUGUUUCAGAGCUUUUGCUGUCAAGAGCACCCUCACGGCACAUAUGAAGACACACACUGGUAUCAAGGCCUUUGAGUGUCAGUGCUGCUUGAAGUGCUUCUCCACCUCUGGCAGCAUGAAGGUUCAUAUGCGGCUGCAUACAGGUGUACGGCCUUUUCCCUGCCCUCACUGUGACAAGAUCUUUCGUACUUCAGGCCACAGAAAAACACACAUUGCUUCUCACUUUAAAAGCUUGCAGCAGAAGAAGCACAAGUUUCCACGGAAAACAAACAAAGCCAAAGUAUCAAAGAAUAACAUACCUCUGCCUGACAUCCCCCUGCAAGAGCCCAUCCUCAUUACUGACUUCGGCCUCAUCCCAUCUCAGAACCCUCGCCUAGCUUUCCAGCAGUAUCUGGAGGUGGUGGGCAGUGAUCGGCCUUAUAAGUGCCAGUUCUGUAGCAAGGCAUAUAAGAAGUCAAGUCAUCUGAAACAACAUGUCAGGUCUCACACAGGAGAAAGACCCUACAAGUGUGUGCAGUGCAGCCGGGGCUUUGCCUCCUCCGGCGUGCUCAAAGCUCACAUUAGGACACACUCAGGCCUUAAAGCGUACAAAUGCCUGAUGUGCGACACAACGUUCACCACUAGCGGCAGCCUGAGGCGCCACACGACGACCCACAGUGAUCUGCGACCCUACAUGUGCCCUUACUGCCAAAAGACCUUCAAGUCUUCUCCCAACUGCAGGAAGCACAUGAAGACGCAUAGGUAUGAACUGGCCCAGCAGCUGCAGCCCCAGUCAACCGAGGACCCCUUGGGAGCGGGCACAGUGACCCAUGAUAUACAGGUGGAAAUAGAGGGAGAGUCCCUCCAGCAACCACCUGCCUCUUCAGCAGACCAACAGAGCAUGCUGGGACUGGGCCAGACAGACGUUGUGAAUGGAGGUCAACAAGUGACACUGGAGGCGCCUCUUACUGACCAACCACUAGUACAAGGAGAAGACUCCUAUGUAAAUACACAACAUGCUUUACCUCAGAAUCUCACCCAGUUUGGGGCACCAGCCCUCCCUCAGUCUGGCUUUGAUCAGCAAGCUCUAACACAAGGCUUUGCCAUCACCGAUUCCAGCUACAAUCAGCCCCACUUCUCAACGGUCCAGCAGCUACAGGAUUCCAGCACCCUGGAGUCUCAGGCCCUGUCAUCCAGCUACCAUCCUCCUAAUCUGCUCCAUGUUCCUAGCGCUGAAGUGACAAAUGGACUCCUCCAGCAGAGCAGUCAGGGUGAUCUUCAACUGGCCAGUGAGACACAGGACUACCAGGACGACAGUGAGGACAACACAAAGAGAGCCUAUAGGUGCAACUGGUGUAAUAAGGGCUUCAAAAAGUCAAGCCACCUCAAGCAGCACGUCCGCUCCCACACUGGGGAGAAACCAUUCAGGUGUAAUCUCUGUGGACGAGCAUUUGUAUCUGCUGGAGUGUUGAAGUCCCACCUUAACACACAUACCGGAAUGAAGCCCUUUAAAUGUAACAUUUGUGAUGCCUCAUUCACCACUAACGGCAGCCUAAACCGACACAUGAUUAUCCACAAUAAGUCUUUCAAAUGCUCCAUGUGUGACGAGAGCUUCAGGACGAGUCUGCUGUGUAAAAAGCAUACGAAGAAAGAGCACGCUGUGGAGGAACAAAUUAUUGGCCUCGAGAGCCAAGAUGUUGAAGAAGAGGAGGAUGAAGAGGAAGGUGACCAGAAGUCAUUAAAGAGGAGAGGUUUGGAAAUCAUCACUUUCACUGAGGAACAGGCGGCCGAGCUCGCCAAGGAUCCUGGUGAAGAGGCAUCAGUGUCAGAACGGAUCCUCGCCCAGUCCGCCGCAGAGAGAGAUCGGAUCAGCGAGAUCAAGGACAAGACUGUGGAGCUGGAAACAGAACCUAAGUUCGCAAACUGCUGCAGUUUCUGCCCUAAGAGCUUCAAGAAGCCCAGUGACCUUGUCAGGCACAUACGGAUCCAUACAGGGGAGCGGCCCUACAAGUGUGAUGAAUGUGGCAAGAGCUUUACAGUGAAAUCCACUCUGGACUGCCACGUGAAGACGCAUACAGGCCAGAAACUGUUCAGCUGCCACAUGUGUAACACGUCCUUCUCUACAAAAGGCAGCUUAAAGGUUCACAUGCGCCUCCACACGGGCUCCAAACCUUUCAAAUGUCCCUUCUGCGAUCUGCGCUUUAGAACGUCUGGGCAUCGCAAAACCCACAUCCAGUGCCACUUUCGACCUAACGGAGACACCCGCAAGUCCAAAAGGUUGGCCUCGUCUGCAGGUCAGACAGGUCAGGGCCAAGAUCCAGGGACAGGACAGGUCGCGGCUUCUGGCCGCAGCCAGCGGCCGCCUGUUUCGGAUGCUCUUCAACCUGUGGGUCUGCUGCAGUCACCAAACUCCGACUCCAACAUUUACCUGCCUGCCAAUCAGGUCCUGACUGGGCAGUUUGACCAGAGUCUGUUACAGCCAGGACUGGUGGGACAGGCUAUCUUGCCUGCUUCCAUGUCAGCUGCAGGAGACCUGACUGUGUCUCUCCCUGAUGGCCUGACCACAUUGGAAGGCAUUCACCUGCAACUCACACCUGCCAACCUGGUGUGCCCCAACGUCCAGAUCUCUGGCAUCGAUACCAGCAACAUCAACAACAUCACGCUACAGAUCGACCACACGUUCCUCCAGCAGACGCUGCAGCAGGGCGGGCUCCUCUCCCAGCCGCUAAGCGUGGACACCGGCCUCGUCUCCCACCCUGGCGGCCAGCUCAUGUCUGCUGCCGACCCUUCAGUGUCUGCUAACGUUGUCCUCCACCCCCUGCCCAGCCUGGCUCUGGCCCCCUCCACCAUCACGCCUGCUCAGGUUACGAUGGCAGCCCUUUCCGAGCAGGAUCCUGCAGGUUCUCAGGACCUAAGUCAUGUCAUUGGCAGCUCUGGACUGGUAGCAGGAGGCGGCAGCAGUCAGGAAAUCACACUGACCAUCAACAAUUCCAGCCUGUCUCAAGCUCUAGCCCAGGUACAGGCUCAGGCCUCAGCUGCUGGUUCCAGCACGGCUACAGGAAACCCUCAGGAGAUCACUCUCACCAUAUCAGGCCAAGACCUGCUCCCCCAGCAUGGCAACGGUACUGGGGAAGACCUCAACAGUGGUAUGAGGCUGGCGUCUCCACUCAGUAGCCAGCCCACCAGCGCAACCCUGACCAUCACCAAUGACCACCUCCUACCUCAGAGCCCUGCCAACACGGGAAUGGCAGUAACCAGCCUGCCUCCGAGCACCACCUUGUCACAUACUGCUGCAUCCCACAGCCUAGUGAUGUCACCAGGAGGCGUGGCCAGUGAUGGCAGCGUUACACUGACCCUGGCAGAUGCACAGGGGAUGCUGGAAGGCGUCACUCUAAACCUCAAUCCACAGGCGCAGACAUUUCCUGCAGUGCUGAACGAUUCAGGUCUUACAGGACAGGUGCAAAGCUCUGGCCAACAGGUCGUAUUGGUCAGCCGCCAUUCUCAAUCUGCAAAUGGAACGUCGGACAACGCAUAUAAUAUUUCCGGUGAUGUCCGUAAGGGCAUGAAGGAUGCCCAGGCUGAGGCGGAUCAUCGGAAUCAGUGUUACUACUGUAACGAGGUUUGCCAGAACGCAAACUCGCUGCGCCGCCACUGCAAGCAGGCUCACGGCAAGGACCGCUGCCACGUCUGCAGCGUGUGUAACAAGGCCUUCAAGCGAGCCACACAUCUGAAGGAUCAUGAACGUGUGCACCAGCCAGGGCCGUCACCCAGUUCCCAGAAACCCAGAGUGUUCAACUGCUCCUCUUGUGUGAAGGCCUUUGCAAAGCGCAGCCAGCUGGAGAGACACAACCGGACACACACUGGCGAGCGUCCCUUCAAGUGCAGUCAGUGCGAUAAGGCUUUCAACCAGAAAAGUGCUUUGCAGGUGCACAUGGUCAAACACACUGGGAAGAAGCCCUUCAAGUGCGAGGUGUGCAGCAUCAGCUUCACCCAGAAGAGCAACAUGAAGAACCACAUGAAGAGGACCCACGGCUACGGUCAGAUCCCAGACGUUUCCUUGGGGCAUGAAGAACCGACGCCUCAAGGCGAAGUAACACCUGAGCUGGACCUGGAAGUGGUUCCUGAAUCAUCUGGAGACUGGCACAAUGUCUUUCCCUGAGCACGACCCCGCUAUGAGCACUGAUUAGGUUUUACAGCUGAAGCAAAUUCCACCAGACAUAUUUGUCAUAUAAGCAAAGAUUUAAGACAUUGUAGAGUGGCUCCAGUGUUUACUGAGGACUGCAGACUGCUGUUCAUCCAAAUUAGCAGAGAAGUAAAGGGUGUCUGGUUCUGUGUGAUUGGCUUAAUGACUUUUAUCUGUUGGGCCACUGUCCGAUCACUAUCAAUAUGAUAACCUCCACAGAGGUUUGGUCCGAUAAGCACAGAGCUCUCCAGUCAGAAUAGGGGCGCUCUAAUGUUGACCAUGUUGGAGAGAGAGAAAACAGUGCUGUGUGGAUAGUGUUUUUGUUCCUGGUCUGCUCACAGGGACCUACCCAGCAAUUGUGUAGCAGCAAAUAGAAUCUUUUUCACUGGUUCACAAACAAUAUGUGACAUUUCCUUUUUUUGUGUGUUUGCGAAGAUGAGCCGGGAGCUUUGUCACAGGCUGGGCUUUUCAUGUUUCCUGUUCAUACCAUGUAGACUCACAGCAAACACAGUUCUGUACUGUAAAUACUGUAGUUAUUUUCUAAUGAACUUCUACAUAGUGGUUGGAAUUAUGUAAUUUGGGCAUAAUGUUCUUGUUUUGAAGCAAAGCCAAUGUACAGAUGAGCUGUUUUUGCCUCUUUUUUGCACUUGCAUUUUGUAUUGUCCAUAAUAAAUUAAGAUUAAAGUAAUUUUUUAAUUAA